GUAGCAUCAAGGUGCCUCACCAUCAAUUGUUCAAAUCGCUAGGUUGCUGUCAGUAGCUAUAAAAGUGUAGAUUGUUAGUUCCUACAGUAGUUUCGAUCCUGUUCUCUUCGUGCUGUUAGGCAGCGCUGCUGUGUCUUGGCUGAGAACAAUCUGAAAGAAAUUCUUUUUUUACAAUGAUUCUACAAAUGGAUGGUGUUGUACAUUUUGGUAUAAUACUUGUAGUAGUUCUGGGACUUACUGCAGGCAAGACUCAAAACUGCUGUUUCCCUGACCAGUGGCAAGGUCUUCUGAGUUCUAUCGCAGAAGCACAAGGGAAUCUAGAACAAGCAGUCAGUUACUUAUCUUAUGACUAUACUAACCGACGUUGGGCUUCUUUCACGAAUCUCACCGACUCAACAGGAUCACAGGUUUACUCCUAUGAAACUCUUGUGCUGUACAGUGGACCAAAUAGUGGUAUGCUGUACAAUUUUGACUUGAAGACCAGGGAGUGCUCGGUACAAAAAAUGUCCGGUCCUUUUACGAAAAUGUGUAUUCCAGACAUUGCUCAGAAAGUUGGUGAUUUGACCUUAGGAGCUGCAACUGAGUCUCUCCCAGUCACUGUAUAUUCUAUAACGGGGCAAAACGGAACCUAUCAAUCCUUCACCACAGUCACACGCCAACUGUGCCUUCCUGUUUCAGAAGUGAACACUGAAGAUUUUGAAGGAGAUGUUUACAUGACAGUAUCUGGAUUUGCUGACAUUCAACUAGGCAUAACGCAGCCAUCUGUCUUUGAUGUGCCUCCAGAGUGUAAAGGUGCAAAGCCAUUGCAUUCAGACAAGAUGUUUCCAGAGUUUUCAGCCAAAGCAUCCUUUACCAGACGUUUCUUUUACCUGUAGCCACUGAUCAAAGAUGUGCUUCUGCAGGUGCCACAAAUUAUCAGUCAAUUAAACAUCUGUCAAUUAUUCAAUUAUCAGUCGAUUAAAUAUCUGUCAGAUUUCAUAUUGGCAAAAACAAUGUUUCUACUAAAUCUGUCAUUCCAAUCUGACUUUAUUUCCUUAUCUACAUCUGUUAAUGUUAAACUGUUUUCACUCUUUUAUGCAAAUUUGAUUUUGUGCUUUUAAACGACUUAAUUUUCUGCACAAGUAUGACUGGUAAUAACACGAUCUAAGGAUGUCAGAAAACUCAAAGGCAAUAACUAACAUGUCUGUUUA